GUAAUGUUGGAAGUUACUCAGUCUGUAAUAGCAUCAGAUGAAAGUAUCAAAACUGCAGUGAUUUCUGCUUCCAAACCUUAGCAUGUAUCACAUUGACAGACUUCCACAUGGAACAGAGACUCAGCUUUAAAUAUUCUUUAAAUCUGCUUUACCCACUCUGAAAGACUCAGCACUGAGUAUUUCCAAGGAAAAACCCAAAACAUACUCGGGUUUCUGUCUCCUUGGGGGGAGUAGAUUAGCCCUCUAAGAGCAAACUGUAUAAAUAGACCUGCCUAUGGAGACUGUACUGAGACGUCAGGAUUUGGAGAACAGUGGAAAAGAGCAGAUUUUGAGAGAAGAAAGGCGGAAUCAGCAGCAAUAGCCUUUGUCUGAGAGCGCACCACUAGAAAAGGUUGAAGCCAUGAUGAAGACUCUCUCCAGUGGGAACUGCACACUCAGUGUCCCAGCUAAAAACUCUUAUCGGAUGGUUGUCCUUGGAGCAUCCAAGGUUGGCAAGAGCGCCAUUGUUGCUCGCUUUUUAAAUGGACGAUUUGAAGACCAGUACACACCGACCAUUGAGGAUUUCCAUCGUAAGCUCUACAACAUCAGAGGAGACAUGUACCAGCUAGACAUUCUAGAUACAUCUGGAAACCAUCCAUUCCCAGCCAUGAGGAGGCUGUCGAUUCUCACAGGUGAUGUGUUCAUACUUGUUUUCAGCAUAGACAACCGGGACUCCUUUGAUGAAGUUAAGAGGCUUAGAAAGCAGAUUCUGGAAGUCAAGUCUUGUGUCAAAAACAAAACGAAAGAGACCGGUGAAUUCCCUAUGAUGAUUUGCGGCAACAAAAGUGAUUAUGGUGAGCAUCACCGUAAGGUGAGAGCUGAAGAAGCGGAGCGCCUGGUGUCUGGAGAUGAAAACUGUGCUUACUUUGAGAUUUCUGCAAAGAAAAAUGUAAAUGUAGACAAAAUGUUCCAAGUCCUGUUUAGCAUGGCAAAACUGCCCAAUGAAAUGAGCCCAGCUCUCCAUCGGAAGAUCUCAAUGCAGAUUGGAGAUACAUUUCACCAGAAAUCUUUCAGGCUGAGAAGACUGAAGGAGGUAGAUGCUUAUGGCAUGGUCUCACCUUCAGCUAGACGUCCCAGUGUCAACAGUGACCUGAAGUACAUCAAGUCAAAAGUACUGGGAGAAGGACAAGGACGAGAUAGGGAGAAAUGCUCUAUUCAGUAAAGAUUCUGUUGUGCUGGGGGCAUCCCAAAGUGCCUUUUCAGUUGAGAGGACUGUGAAUGGAGAACAUUCAUUUUGGCAAUAUUAUGCCUGCUUGUCCUGAGCUUUGUCCUGCUCAGUAGAACAAAAUCCUAAUUCCUUGCUUUACAAUUAUUUAUUAAUUAAUGCCAAAGGAAGAGUUCACUUUGAAGCCUUUCACUAUACUGGCAGAUCAGUGGAUGGUUAUAGAUGGUGUCAACACCAACUUGAAGAAACUGCACAACUCUACCGUUUCAUUACAAUUCAGAGAUUUAUCUGAUUAUUUAAAAGAAUGAACUGAAAUUUAAACAGUAUAUGGACAUUUGGUUAGAGAUUUGAUAGUUACAUUCAUGCCCCUAACCUUUAGUGAAAGGAUUUCUCUGGACUCUUUGCAAUGUCUCCGCCUGGUUUUCCAAAGAAUUAAAGUAGAAUAGAUGAAGUUAUACUUGAAAUAUUCCCCAUUUCCAAGGUAGUGGACAUUAACAAACACUGACCAUGUAAAUUAAGCCAUUUUGUUUGUGGUUUGCUGCAUGUGAGCCAAUGAACAUUUUUGUUUUUGUGAUUGUGAACUUCAGCCAUGAAGCUUCUGUACAACAGCAGAAGUCAAGACUUAUUUCAAUCAUUCAGUCUCCACUGUCCUGGGGAACACGUUGCAGCUGUUUAAGCACCGGAUGGGAAAUUGGACAGUGGAGUUUGUGAUCAAAAUGCAGCUUUUAAGGACCAAAAACAGAACAACUUAUUUUGAUUUCUUUUAUUGAAAAAAACAUAGUCCCAGUAUAGACCCUUUAGGCCAUGCAUUAGGACAACCCCCCCCCCACCAAUAUAAAGACAUAAAUCAUUCAGCUAAGAUGGAAAUAUUGAACCUAGUUAGUCUGUUUGGGCAAUGCAACAGUGGAACCAUGUUUCAGCAUAAUUGACAAUAUUUUAGAAUACUUUUGUUUUGGUCAUAUCAUAAGGUUGAUUAAACUGUAUUUUGUUUUUAAUAUCAAGUAUAAUGUGUGUACAUUUGUCUUUUCUUGGUGCAUUCUUUACAGCUGUAGAGCUGUAUCCAAAAAAGUGACAUCAGAGUGCAGCACUGGAGCACUUUGUAAAUCUACCUCAUAUUACACUUAUGACAUCAGUGGGCACUGUAAGUAGCUCUAGGGUAGUGCUGGUAUUAAAUGGAUAAUAUUAUCAACAAUAAAGCGUAUUUGUUCUGAAAAA